CCCUCUCUCUCUCUCUCUCUCUCCUCACUUUCCUUUGUGCUUUGCUUUUCUGCUCUUCUCUUCUUCCAUUUCCUUGCUGCACUCGGUCGAGACUACCACGACACGGCGCACGACCAACACAUCAAACAGUUUUUGUUCUUGACCCUUUUUUUGAAACACUUCGUCCUUCCUUUCAUUUUCAACAACCAUGACUGACUUUUUCGAUGGCGACUGGGAAAACGAGAACCAGUUGAAGACCACCGCCGUUAAGAAGGCAACCAUCCCCACCAAGAAGGCCGCUGCGCCGCUGGGUGACGCAAGCUCGGCUAAUGCCGCUGGCCCGGCCAAGAAGCUGACUGUCGAGGAGACGUACCUCAAGCUCGAGCUGCGCGAUCAGAUUCUGCUUCGUCCGGACACGUACAUUGGCGGUGUUGCGACCGAGACGAAAAACCUGUGGGUUUGCAACGAGGAGGGCAAAUUUGAAAACCGCGACGUCUCGUUCGUCCCUGGCCUGUUCAAGAUUUUCGACGAGUUGCUCGUCAACGCUUCCGACAACAAGCAGCGUGACAGCAGCAUGACCACCAUCAGGGUGGACAUCAACCAGGCCGACAACACCAUUUCCGUCUGGAACGAUGGCAAGGGCAUCCCGAUCCGCAUGCACACCAAGGAAAAUGUCUGGGUUCCGACCCUCAUUUUCAGCCACCUGCUCACGUCGGACAACUACACAACCAACAAGAAGAAGACCACGGGUGGCCGCAACGGUUAUGGUGCCAAGCUCGCCAACAUUUUCUCGACCGAGUUUGUUGUGGAAACGCAAGACCACGAGACCAAGCAGCGCUUCAAGCAGGUCUUUACCAAGAACAUGAGCCAAUCGGGCCAGGCAAUCAUCUCACCGUCCGAAGGCGGCAGCAAGGGCGACUUUACGAAAAUCACCUUCAAGCCCGAUCUGUCGCGCUUCAAGAUGGACUACCUGGACGACGACAUUGUCGGUCUCUUCCGCCGUCGCGUGUACGACAUUGCUGGCUGCAUGCGUGGCCUCAAGGUCUACCUGAACGACAACCUCAUCCCCAUUCGCAGCUUUGUCGAUUAUGUCAAGCUCUACCUCCCCGACGCCCCGCUGAACUCGAUUGCGCACGAGCGCGUGUCCGACCGCUGGGAAGUGUGCGUCACCGUCGCCCCCGAUGGCCACCAGCAGGUCUCGUUUGUCAACGGCAUCAACACGUACACUGGCGGCACGCACGUCAACCACGUCCUGGAGCUCAUCUACCCGACCAUCUCCAAGGCACUCAAGCAGCCCAAGGGCAACGAGAUCAAAAAGCCCCAGAUCAAGAACAACAUUUCGAUCUUUGUCAACGCCCUCAUCGACGACCCAACCUUCAAGUCGCAGAGCAAGGAAGAGCUGUCCUUGUCGGUCAAGGAGUUUGGCUCCGAGUGCACCUUCUCCGACAAGUUUAACAAGGCUCUGCUGUCCACGGGCAUCGUCCAGGCCAUCUUGGACAAGAACAAUGAAAAGCUGCGCAAGGAGCUUGACAAAAUCUCGGGCCGCAAGAGCUCCAAGAUCUCUGGCAUUGCCAAGCUGGACGACGCGAACGAGGCUGGUGGUCGCAACUCUGCUCAGUGCACGCUCAUCCUGACCGAAGGUGAUUCCGCCAAGGCACUCGCCGUCAGUGGUCUGGGCUUGGUCGGCCGCGAUUACUAUGGUGUCUUCCCUCUGCGCGGCAAGCUGCUGAACGUCCGCGAUGCUGCGCACCAUCAGAUUCGCGAGAACCAGGAAAUUGAGCACGUCAUCAAGAUUCUCGGUCUGCAGUUCAACAAAAAGUACACUUCGGUGGAAGGUCUGCGAUAUGGCCGCCUCAUGAUCAUGACGGAUCAAGACAGCGACGGCAGCCACAUCAAGGGCCUGCUCAUCAACUUUCUGCAUCAUUUCUGGCCGUCGCUGCUGACUGUCUCUGGCUUUUUGGUCGAGUUCAUCACCCCAAUCGUGAAGGCGACCAAGGGCAAGCAGGUGCUCACCUUCUUCACCGUACCGCAGUACCAGCAGUGGCGCGAAGAGGACGAUGGCCGUGCGUGCAAAGGCUGGACCAUCAAGUACUACAAAGGUCUCGGUACCUCGACCAGCCAAGAGGCCAAAGAGUACUUUAGCAACAUGGACGUGCACCAGAUUCCGUUCACAUGGUCGGGCGAGGACGACGGCCAGGCGAUCGACUUGGCCUUCUCCAAGAAGCGCGCUGACGACCGCAAGGAAUGGCUGCGCCAGUUCCGUGCAGGCACCUUCCUUGAUCACCAGACCGAAGCAAUCACGUACUCUGAGUUUAUCAACAAGGAGCUCAUUCUCUUCUCGAUGGCCGACAACGUGCGCUCCAUUCCGUCUGUGGUCGACGGUUUCAAGCCGUCCCAGCGCAAGGUCUUGUUUGCCUGCUUCAAGCGCAACCUGAAGGACGAAAUUAAGGUUGCCCAGCUGGCUGGAUAUGUUGCCGAGCACUCUGCCUACCACCACGGCGAAGUCUCGCUUGCUGGCACGAUUGUCAACAUGGCUCAGAACUACACUGGCAGCAACAACAUCAACCUGCUCCUCCCUCUUGGCCAGUUUGGCACUCGUCUGCAAGGAGGCAAGGACGCUGCAUCGGCUCGUUACAUUUUCACCAAGCUCGCCACGCUGACGCGCUUGAUCUUCCCUGCAAAUGACGAUUCGCUGCUCAACUACCUGGACGAGGACGGCCAACGCAUUGAACCCGAGUGGUACAUGCCCAUUCUGCCGCUGUCGCUGAUCAACGGCUGCGAGGGCAUUGGCACGGGCUGGAGCUCGUCGGUGCCCAACUUUUCGCCGCGGGACGUGGUGGCCAACAUUCGUCUCAUGAUGGCUGGCCAGGAUCCUGAGCCAAUGUGCCCGUACUACAACGGUUUCACCGGCACCAUCGAGCCUCUUGGCAAGGCGGAUCGCUUCCGCGUCUGCGGCCGCAUCACCAAGCUGUCAGCGACCACGCUCGAAAUCACCGAGCUGCCGAUCGGCGUGUGGACGCAGAGCUACAAGGAAGAGCUCGAGAAGCUCAUGGAGCCCAACGAGAAGGACAAGACUCCUGGGUUCAUCAAGGACUUUAGGGAAAACCACACCGACACCUCCGUCCACUUUACUGUGACCCUGUCCGAGGAGAACAUGGCGGCGGCUGAGGCGAUGGGCCUUGCCAAAAAGUUCAAGAUUGACUCGACCAUCUCGACGGCCAACAUGGUGUUUUUCGACGCAGAGGGCCGCAUUAAAAAGUACGACUCGCCUCAAGCGAUUUUGCGAGACUUUUACGAUCUGCGCCUCAAGUACUACCAAAAGCGCAAGUCGUGGCUGGUCGAGCGUCUGACCGAGGAGUGGACGCGUCUUGACAACAAGGUGCGUUUCAUUCAAGCUGUCAUCAAGGGCGACCUGGUGAUUAGCAACCGCAAGCGCGCCGAUCUGAUGCGCGACCUGAAGACGCGCGGCUACACUGCCUUCUCCACGUCGACCAAGAAGAUCAAGAUUGCCGGUGCCAUCGACGCUGACGACAACGGCGGCGCUGACGAGACUGCCGACAACGACAGCGACGACAUUGUCCACACCAACGGCUACGACUACUUGCUCACGAUGCCCUUGUGGAGCCUGACGCUCGAGAAGGUCCAGCAGCUCUUGGGCGAGCGCAGCGUCAAGGAAGAGGAGCUCAAGGUCCUCUUGGAGAAGUCGACGCUCACCCUGUGGUCGGAAGACUUGGAUGCCUUCGAGGCCGAGCUCAUUCGCGUUGAGGAGCAGGCUGCCCUCGAUCAGGAAAACAACCUUGCCACUUUGAAGAAGGCCAAGAAGGGCUCUGGCGCCAUCCGCAAGCCAGCUGCCGGCAAGGGCAAGGGUCCUGCCAAGAAGAAGUUCUCUGGCGACUCGGACGAUGAUGACGAGGACGACGCGAUGGACUUUGACGAUGACGAUUUUGAUGGUGCACCCAAGAAGAAGCCUGCUCCCAAGGCUGCUGCUUCGUCUGCUUCUUCGUCUGCCGCUGCUUCGUCGGCCAUUGUGAAGAAGGCAACCGCCGCAGUCAAGGAGGCCAGCGUCGUGAUCAAGUCCGCCGCCCCGGCUGCCCCCAAGGUCUCGGUGCCAAAGUCAAGCAGCGCAACAGCAUCCAGCUUGGCCACAAGCAGCAGUGUCACCACCAGCGCCAAGACUGGCAUCAGCGCUCUGGAGGACGACAACUUUGUGCCGCUGGCUGCGCGCCUCGCGAUGAGCUUUGGAGCCGCCAAACCCGCAGGAGCUUCUGCUGUGUUGGCCUCGUCAGCUUCGCUGGGCGGCAGCAAACCUGGUGUGGUGCGCGCUCAUAGCCCCGCAAAGCCAGCGAGCACGACUGCGAUUGAGGGCGCCUCGCCCGCCAAGAAGAAGGCUCGCACUGCAGCAGCUGCGACCAAGCCCAAGCCCAAGACUGCUCGCAAGUUGGUUGACUCUGAUGACGACGACGAUGCGAGCGGAGACGAAGAGGCGGAUGCGCCAAUGUCGCCCCCUGCGCGUGUCAUUGCCAAGCCUCGCCGCGCUGUCGCUCCCAAGAACUAUGCCAUCAUGGACCAGGAUGAUGAUGCGCACGACGACGACGACGAUUCUUUGAUCAUUGGCAGUGAUGGCGAAGAUGCAGCACCGGCCAGCAAGCGGGUUGUCAAGCCAGCAGCUGCCAAAUCUGCACAGACCAACCGCAAGAAGGCUGUGGAAAGCGACGAUGACGACGAUGCCUUUGACGCCAUCAGUGACGACAACGACGAAGACGACGAUGCGGACAACUGGGAUGCCAGCGAUGACGAUGACGGCGCAAGCAAGAAGAAGGCCAAGAAGCCGGCCGCUGCUCCCAAAAAGGCAGCGCCAAAGGCCAAGCCUGCAGCUGCCGCGCCAAUCGCCAAGGCCACCUCGACCAUUGCUACCAUCAAGCCUGCUGCUGCACCCAAGCCAAAGGCUGCACCUGCACCAAAGCCGGCCAGCAAAAAGAAGGCCGUCGAGAGCGACGAGGAUGAGGAAUUUGACGACUUGAUGCUGAGCCCCAGCACCAGCGCCUGCACCUGCGUCCCGAGCGCGUCGACCUGUUGUCUCGAAAAAAGUAUGUGAUUUGAUGAUGACGGAUGAGGGACGACGACGACGACGACGCCCGCCCGUUUCCCGAUUUUGACGACCGAUGAUGAUUAAAAAAAAAGCUCC